AUGAUCAGCAAUCUCAACCGACAGCCGUCAGAGUCAGAGGACCAGGGCCUUGAUCAAGCCGAAGAAAAGAAAAGCAGCCUUGAUACCUACCUUGCCAGCAUCGGGCUCGGUCAAUGGGUGCCCGAAAUCCAUUCCGCUAUUGCCCAAGGGGCCCAAGACGUACUUGCCAUCAUGACACAACCGUGGUCGGUCGAUAAGAUACGCCAGAUGGCCCGCGAGAUGCGACACUCCCCGGCAGGCAUCAUCCAGGUGACAGGCAUCAUGUGGUACCUCACCUAUCUUAGCAUCGAACGUGGCCAGACCUUUGUGACAGGCGCCUAUCUCUGCCGAGAUCCUGAAGGCCGGCUGUCGGCCUACUUUGGCGGUAUUGGCUCACCACGCCUCAGCAGCCAUUUGAAGAGACAUGUAUCCCCGGGAUGCACCACCGGCAUUGAUCUUGGCUUCACCGCGGGCAAGUCCAGCAAGGCAGGCAAGUCGGGCAUUGCGCCAGAACGCCCACCUCCACCUCCGCUUCCCCAUGGCCACUGCCACGUUCUCUCCAUUGCCAUCGUAAACGACACCCGACGAGGAAAAUGUCUGUAUCUCAAACCGGAGCGCUACGGGGUGCAUGGCCUUCGCAACCUGGCGCACCACACGAUCAUGUAUGGAAAGUCAUUGAAGCGCAAGCACACCUUUGGCGGGAACGACGUCCCCGGGAUGCGGAAAGAGCGUAUCCCGGAUGACGUUGUGGCCGCCUUUGCAGAGGUGGUGACGGCACUGGAGGACGGGGCGGAUGCUAUUACGGAGGUUGGCCGUGGUGGUAAGGGAGAGGGGAUUGGUGGGAUGUACGAAUUUCUGACGAGGAAGCUGGGUCAGGCUGACAAAGGUGCGGCGCUGCUGCCUGAGGGGUCUGAGAAGCGCAUGCGGUGUCUCCUAGAGCGGCUCGAGUCGAAGUACGAUUUUGUCCAUCUGCGGUUUGGGAAUGAGGUUGUUAUCGACCUCCCGACUGAGGUCAAGCGGUCACUCCUGGAAGCGCCGGGCGUGGUGUCUUUAUUUCCGGUUACCGGCCUGUAG